GGCUUCUCAGCGACUUGAUCGCAAUUUUCGACAAGUAUACGUCUCAUUGUUCUUAUCUUGGUUUCUAAACAUACACCAGCAGCACAUCCACGAAGCAUACAUCAUAGAGGGUGUCUCAAACUCACUUCAGAAUGUGUCUAUACAACAUCCGACCCUGUUUAUCUCGCCAUGAAUCGGCUCUUCGAAGAGCACUCUUUGACGAAGAUGCACCCAACGCCGCUUAUGAUCUCAUGCGAUGUCGAUGGUACAAGUGCGCUUGCUCAGGCCUCGGUCAUGACUCGAAGCUUUGCCCGUAUAUCGUUGUACGCCAUGAUAUCGUGGGCUUGAGUGAACGAGAAAGAGCGAAAUUCCACGAUGCCGUGCUCCAUGAGGAAAUGGUCGAUCAUGGUUGUCCGAAGUGCUGGGCUACAAUAUCUACAAGGAAUUGGGCAGAUGUCCUCAAUACAAAAGAUCGAGAGAACUCGACGGCUGUUAUGUGGGCAGAAGCUCUACAAGAUGACAGCGAGGAAGGCGUAUCCGACGUAGAUACGAGUCAAGGAGAAUUCGACCAGGGCGAGAGCCUAGAGGAAUCAGAUCUAGAUCGAGAUCAGAUGAACGAUGAGAACGACGUUGCCAAAAAUUGCAAGAGUGAGGGAGCAGAAAGGCCCAAGAAACGGAAGCGAUCUCUGUCUCGCGAGUCUUUAGACGACGAGGAUUCUGUUCCGCCAGCUCCUUGGAUCCUACGGUCGUCAAGACGGAAACCACGGUUCACUACUUCUGAUUCUUUGUCGCCGUCGGAGGGCGAAGGUAAUCAUGGUGAUGACCUUCGUGACCAGCAGCGAGAAGAAGUGGAGCUCCAUAUAGCCAUACAGGCGAGCAAAGACCAGUAUGAGGUCGAGCAGAAGGCCAGGGAAGCAGCGUCACGAUAUCUCGUCUCAGAUAUAGGAGAUGACGAUAGAGAAGAUAUGCGGCUCGCUUGGGCGCUGCAAGCAAGCCUACAGGGGAAUGAUGCCGAAUGGAAAGGCGGCUGUGAGCCUGCGAAUUCAAGCCCCGACGCAAUCAGAAAAGGCAAGGUCAAAUCAAAUGAUCGUACUCCAGGAAAUUCCGGAGACGAUCUUACCAAAAUCCUCAAGGAGCACCAAGCUACAGCGGAAUCAACAUCGACCGGACAGCCAGCCAUUGUCACCGAGUUGGGUUUACCCAAGAGGGACGAUCGUCGUACAACGAACACUCCUAUUACAAGCACUCAACUUGUAUCAAGCGUAUCCAUCGCUUCUACGCUUGAUUGCAACACUAGUCCACGCCGUCCUACCAACAUGACCGGGAGAGGUUUCAACAAGCGUGAAAAGGAGUUAAUCGAGAAACAUGUUCAGGAACCAUUAAUUCACCUCCGCUCAGUCGCCGAGCGAAUACAGUUGGCAAGCCCAGAAUCGGAAAGCAGCGAGACCGAGCAAGAAAAUCUUAUGCACGAGGCGGCCGGCUUUGUUAGCGACGGAUCCUUUGAAAAUGUACUGACAAAGUUCUGUCGUUCGGAGGCAAAGGUUAUUCGGCCAUCGCCCACAAAAUCCUCGACCGCUCUUUCUGGGGUUAUUCGAAGAGGUGCGACUUCCGAUGGCCGGCCGGCCACUCCUCCUCCUUCCCAGGAUAGCAAUGAACAUGGCCCUUCUCCUUAUGCGGAUGAGAGCAUGAGUGACCAACUUGCUACAUUACUCGAGGAAAAGGGAGCCUGGCAAAAGGAGAAGGCUACGUUGGUCGCGGAAAACGCGAAAUUGCUUCAGCAAAACGCAACCCUCGUUCAGCGUCAAGCGGACCAGAUGCGGCGGCUUCGGACAUACGAGCAACUUUGCUUCCCCGUGGCUGACAAGUGA